GUGACAAAAUCGCUUUCCGAGUGAAUUGAAGUAGGCAGCAAAGUGUGCAACGAGAGUGAAAAUAGCAGUUAAUCGAGGAAUCAUUGUUUUCAGUUUGCAACUAAUUAACGAUUCUGAGCGGAGAACGUAUUCUCUGUAAAGCUGUAAAAAAACAGUGUGAAAGUGUGUGACCGAUUUCCUUGUGAGGCCAAAACUGCCUGGUACCGUUCCAGGAAAAUUAACCAACAAGAACCAAGCAAGGCUGUAAAAUGUCAGUGAUUGGAAUUGACUUUGGAAACGAAUCCUGCUAUGUGGCUGUCGCUAAGGCCGGAGGAAUCGAAACCAUCGCAAAUGACUACAGUUUGCGAGCCACACCAGCUUGUGUGGCUUUCGUAGGACGCAACCGCGUGCUUGGUGUUGCCGCCAAGAACCAACAAGUAACAAACAUGAACAACACGAUCGGUAACUUUAAGGGAUUGCUUGGGCGAAAAUUUAACGAUCCUUAUGUGCAGGAUGAGCUUCGUACUCUUCCGUACCGGACGGAGGCGUUAUCGGACGGUGGUAUCGGAAUACGAGUGAACUACCUAGACGAGGAGCAUGUUUUUACUCCGGAGCAGAUCACGGCGAUGUUGUUCACCAAACUUAAAGAUGACGCAUUUAAAGAGCUAAAGACACAAAUUAAUGACUGUGUCGUCACCGUACCGUCGUACUUUACUAAUGCUCAACGGCACGCCCUUCUUGAUGCGGCCAACAUUUCUGGCCUCAAUGUGUUGCGACUCAUGAAUGAAACUACGGCCACGGCUUUAAGUUACGGCUUUUAUAAACAGGAUUUACCUGCGUCGGAAGAAAAACCACGAAACGUUAUAUUCGUCGAUUGCGGCCAUGCAUCUUUACAGGUGUCUGCAUGUGCGUUUCAUAAGGGUUCGCUAAAAAUGUUGGCCAGUUGUUCAGAUGCUGUUGGUGGCCGGGAUUUCGAUCUAGUGUUGGCAACGCAUUUUAACAAGGAGUUUCAAACGAAGUAUAAGAUAGAUGCUUCAUCCAAGAAGAGAGCUUUUCUACGCCUGAUGGCGGAGGUCGAAAAAUUGAAGAAAAAUAUGUCAGCCAACAGCACAAAGCUACCAUUAAACAUCGAAUGCUUCAUGAACGAAAUAGAUGUCCAUUCAUCAAUGCAACGUUCGGAGAUGGAAGAGCUUUCGAGUCAUUUGUUCGGGCGAAUAGAAUCAACGAUGCGUAAGCUGCUUGCGGAUUCGAAGCUUACGGCAGAGGAAAUUCAUUCGGUUGAAAUCGUGGGUGGUAGCAGCCGCAUUCCAGCUAUCAAGCAGCUCAUUGAACAAAUUUUUGGCAAGUCUGCUAGUACUACGUUAAAUCAGGAUGAAGCUGUGUCCCGUGGAGCGGCUUUGCAAUGUGCUAUCAUGUCGCCUGCAAUGCGUGUGCGUGAUUUCACUUGCACGGAUGUGCAGGCCUAUCCGGUGCUGAUUUCCUGGACGGAUGCAGAUGGUGCUCAUGAGAUGAAGGUCUUCGACCAGUAUCAUGCAUCACCGUUUACACGAUUGUUAACCGUUCAUCGUAAAGAACCGUUGACGAUUAAUUUGCAUUACGAACCAAACAGUGCUCCCUAUCCUGAUGUAUUUAUUGGUUCAUACCAUUUGAAAGGCAUUAAGCCCGAUACGAAUGGGGAGCCACAGGAAGUAAAAGUAAAGGUUCGGAUUAAUCAUAACGGAAUCGUUACUAUAUUAAGUGCAACGAUGUACGAGCGCAAAGAAAGUGAAGAACCGGCAUCGCCAACUCCAGCCACCAAUGGAGAUCAACCGAAAAGCGGUGAUGCAACCCAAAAUUCUGCAUCACCACAGGGUGACGAAUCUAGCAAGGUUGGAGAACCCAUGGAUAUCCAAGAGGGUAGCGAUGAUGAGCAUCCUAAAAAGGACUCUAAACCCAACGAUAGUAGUGGAGAGGGUUGGACGCAACGUGUCACCAGAUGGUUCACAUCGGACAAGAAGAAAAAAGUAACGACUAAACAAGUGGAAUUGACGAUUGAUUCAAAAACGCAUGGAUUUGUUCAUGCCGAUUUGUCUAAAUUCUUCGAAGAAGAGAUGAAAAUGAUUGCAAACGAUCGUCAAGAGAAAGAGCGCAUUGAUGCCCGAAAUGCACUGGAGGAACAAGUAUAUGAAGUACGUGAAAAAGUUCAAGAAGAUGGCACCUUGCAUGCUUACAUCGAUCCUCAAGAUGCUGCCGAAAUUUGUCGCGAACUGGAAGAAACUGAGAAUUGGCUGUACGAAGAAGGUGAAUCUUGCGAAAAGGGAGUAUACAAAGCGCGAUUAGAAAAAAUGCGUGCUAAGAUUGAGCCGGUUCGAAACCGUUGCGAAGAGUAUAGCGGCCAGGAACAGGCAUUUAUAGAACUUGGGCAUGCUGUUCAGCAAACUUUGAAAGCAGUGGAACAAUUUCGGGCGAAAGACCCUAGAUAUGAACAUCUUACGGAAACAGAAAUGAUUAACAUUACCGAGGCUGCACAAAAGGCACAGAAAUGGUACGAAGAGGCUCGGUCGAAGUUGGUCAUCGUAAGGAAAACUGAAGAUCCACCGAUCAAGCUUGCAGAUAUUCGUCAUGAAACGCAAACGCUAACGACAUGCACGAAUUCAGUUUUGAACAGACCAAAACCGAAGCCUCAGACUCCACCAGCAGACCAGAAUCAACAAAAUAGUUCAGCGGGAACGGGUAACAAUAGUGCAGGCCAAGAUUCGCAACAAAAAACUACAGGGGGUGAUAAUCAAGAUUCUAACACACAGAAGCAAACGACAGAGGAUUCCAUGGAUGUGGAAUAGAUUGUUCUUUUUGUUUCAUACAGAGUUUAGUUUACAGCAGCAGCAGAGCAGCCCUUAUUAACAGCUCGUAGCACAUUCAAAACGCUAGCCUAAUAUUAACAUCCCUUAUUUCUGUUCAGAAAUUCAUAUAUCCUUCAUACACUUCCUCACGAUCAUUAGCAUCUUUGUUACAAUUGACAUGGCGAUAAGAGAUUGGGUUUAGUCUUUUAAUUUAUUCCGAAGAAAUAGUUAGAACAUGCUAUGAUCACAAAAAUGCACCAUAGUUUAAUUUGAACAAUUUUAUAAUAAGCAUGUCACAUACAGAAGAUGGAUUUACAAAUUUACAGAUUAGUACAGAUUAGUACAGCCCAGGAUAGUAAAAUAAUUUAAAUGAGAUAGCAUUCAUAACACAAUAACUCAUCCAUGCUGAACUGUGCUUACAUUGCUCUUUAAAUCGUUCGGACGUGUUGACGAAAUUUGUAACAUUCGUGGGAAUAAGAAAGAAAGGAUGUUUUUCUAUGUUGUCAAUAGACACAAGCUAUGCA